UUCAUUUACUGCGCUUUUUCUUUUCAUCUUUUAGACAAACAUUCUAAAUUUGUGUAAACAGACAAUUUUGGAGUUUAAAAAUGAAGUAACAUGGUUUCUCCAAGGCGAGGUUUAGAAAGAAAGAAGGCAAGAGUAUAAAUAGGUGGUAUUUGUUUGAAGUUUGGUGUAGUUCAUAAAUCAACAAAACAUGGUGAACCCAAAUCUCAAAACAGACCCUUCCACCAUUUACAACCUUCUCAAAUCCUACGCACUUUCCCCCUCAACCAUCCUCGAAGCCCACCACCUCUUCCAACAAAUCCACCGACCCACAUUGUCAUUUUGGAACCUCAUGAUCCGUGGCUGGUCCCUCAGUGACCAACCCAUUGAAGCAAUUCGCUUGUACAAUCUCAUGUAUCGCCAAGGCCUGUUGGGUAACAACCUUACUUACCCUUUUCUCUUCAAGGCCUGUGCUCGAGUCCCUCAUGUUUCUUGCGGUACAACACUUCAUGGCCGCGUUUUGAAACUUGGGUUUCAACCCCAUCUCUUUGUUUCCAAUGCCAUGAUUCAUAUGUAUGGUUCUUGUGGUCAUCUGGAUUUUGCUCGGAAGGUGUUUGAUGAAAUGCCUGAAAGGGACUUGGUUUCUUGGAAUUCGUUGAUUUGUGGGUAUGGUCAGUGUAAGAAGUUCAGGGAGGUGUUGGGUGUUUUCGAAGCAAUGCGGAUGGCUGAUGUGAAGGGUGAUGCCGUGACGAUGGUGAAGGUUGUUCUUGCAUGCUCUGUUUUGAAUGAGUGGAGUGUUGCUGAUGCGAUGGUUGACUACAUUGAGGAAAAUAAAGUGGAAAUGGAUGUUUACUUGGGGAAUACCCUGAUUGACAUGUAUGGACGGCGCGGUUUUGUGCACCUGGCUCGUGGAGUUUUUGAUCGGAUGGAACGGAGAAAUUUAGUUUCAUGGAAUACCAUGAUUAUGGGUUAUGGGAAAGUAGGAAACUUGGUUGCUGCGCGGGAGUUGUUUGACUCUAUGCCGCAGAGAGAUGUGAUCUCAUGGACUUCUAUGAUCACGGGUUACUCUCAAGCAAGCCAGUUUACGGAGGCGGUGAGGCUCUUCAAGGAAAUGAUGGAGGCUAAGGUCAAACCGGAUGAAAUAACGGUUGCCAGUGUGCUUUCUGCAUGUGCUCAUAUUGGUUCACUUGAUGUUGGGGAGGCUGUUCAUCACUACAUACGGAAAUAUGAUGUGAAAACUGAUGUUUAUGUUGGCAAUGCCUUGAUAGAUAUGUACUGCAAAUGUGGUGUAGUUGGGAAAGCAUUGGAAGUGUUUAAAGAAAUGACGAAGAGGGACUCAGUGUCAUGGACUUCGAUCAUUUCAGGCUUUGCAGUUAAUGGCUUUGCAGAUUCAGCACUUGAAUAUUUUUCACAGAUGUUGAAGGAAGGUGUUUGGCCAUCUCAUGGUGCCUUUGUUGGAGUAUUGCUAGCCUGUGCUCAUGCUGGAUUGGUUGACAAAGGAUUGGAAUAUUUUGAAAGUAUGGGAGAAGUUUAUGGACUGAAACCAGAAAUGAAACAUUAUGGAUGUGUUGUGGAUCUUCUGAGUCGCUCUGGAAAUUUACAAAGGGCAUAUGAGUUCAUAAACGAGAUGCCUGUGACUCCAGAUGUGGUAGUGUGGAGGAUAUUGUUGAGCGCUUCUCAGGUUCAUGGAAAUGUUCACUUGGCCGAGAUUGCCACAAAGAAGCUUCUUGAACUGGAUCCUUCUAAUAGUGGUAACUAUGUGCUUUCCUCUAAUAUUUAUGCGGGCUCCAAUAGAUGGGAAGAUGUCGUUAAAAUGAGAGGACUGAUGGAUAAGGGUAAUGUUCAGAAACCAUCAGGUAGCAGUUUCAUAGAAAUAAAUGGUCCAAACAGUUCUCAAGAUUCUUUUAUGAAACAUCAACAGAAGAGUGACUUAACUGCUGUCUAGAAGAUUCAUUUCUUACUUCAUAAGUUGAUUUCAUUUGUGGGACCGCACGUGCAAUGGACAUGAUAAACCAAAAGGUCUGAAAAUUUUGAACCUGACCUGAUGGCCUUAUCAACUCCGAUUUGUCAAGCUAGGGACUUGAUUCUAAUUCUUAUAUGAUGCUAUGGAGCACUGCUUUGAUGGAGAACUAGUAGUUUUCCUUUGAUGGAUCACUACUUUGAUUCUAAUUAUUGAUUACGGAUGGAAUUGCUAAUUGGGCAUAUGUUUUCUUUUAUCUUGCGACGAGUUUCCUCCGGUUCACUGGUUAGAGACUGAUUAUGCUCACGGCUGCAAAGGGGAGAAUGUGUCUAGAACAACUCGUAACGAGAAGAUGCUGGUUGAUGAAAGAAAUGAUGGAAGAAAAUUUGGUCUUGAUUAUCCUAGCACCAUGGACGACCUGGAGCAUGUUGAAUACAGUUUCAACAUUUCUGGAGUUUCGAUUGCCAUGCCUCAAUCUUCUGGAGACUCUGAAUGUAAUAAAUCAAUAAGUAAAAGUGAUCCUGCUUUGCCUGCUAAAUCAAAGAAACUAAGCAUGGAUAGAUCGAACUCGAGAAUGAAGCAUUUCUCUCUCUUUUUUCUUUUUUUUUAAGAAUACAAGAUUCAGUUGUAAAUGAAGGUUUCACUAUUUUUUAUUU